CUCCUCUUUACAGUUUCAGACUGCUUCAUUUCCCUUCGAAGCGGUUUUGAAGACAGAAGUUGAAAAAACCCACAAAGAAAACUUGCCAGACAAGAAUCUCUCUCCUUCUCUCUCAAUGUAGGAAACUCCUCAUCAGUGUCGAAAACCAUGCUUGCAUCGCAUUUCCAGAAACACUCAAGGCUCUCUUUAAAUCUUCUUCUUCUCCAAAGGUCAGGUCCCUUUAGAAGAUUUCAAUUCCGUGGUUAUGCUGCAUCUCCAAAUUCCGAGGACAAGAGGCUCCACACCAUUGACAAAUCAUUACAUUCUCAGCCGUGGUCAUGGAGUACUUAUGCUGUUAUUGCUAGUUGUUGGAGUAACCUAUUCAGGUUUGCAUGAAAUGUUGGUUUCUUUGCAGCCAGCAGGUUUGCUAGUGAUUGCGGGAGCUGGCAUGUUUGUCCACUAUAACGAUGAGAGGAGAGCAAUUCCAAAAGGAUCACAUCAAGGAACAGGGAACAACCAAAAUACCAUCAAAGGACCUGCAAUUGGAGGCCCAUUUAGGCUUAUUGAUAUGAACAACAAUGUGGUAACCGAUAGAGACCUUCGAGGAAAUUGGGUACUCAUGUACUUCGGAUAUACUUCUUCUCCAGAUGUCGGCCCCAAGGAAAUUCAAAAGAUGGCCAAGGCCAUUGACAUACUAGGUCCAGAGUCUCAACAGAAUCUGAAGAUCAAACCAGUUUUCAUCUCUAUUGAUCCUCUAAGGGAUUCCCCUUCACAUCUCCGAGCAUACCUCAAAGAAUUUGAUCGGAGAAUAGUUGGAUUGACGGGAUCUAUUGAUGCAAUAAGGCAGAUUGCACAGGAGUUCCGUGUUUAUUUUAAAAAGGUUGAGGAAGAUGGUGAAGAUUAUCUCAUCCAAUCUUCACACAACAUGUACCUGAUGGACCCAAACAUGGAAAUAGUGAGAUGUUUCGGGGUGGAGUAUGAUGCAGAGCAAUUGGCUGAAGCCAUACUGAAGGAAGUGAAGAAAGCUUCUAGUUCAGAUAAACAAGUGUAAAACUGAUUCUGGAAGGAUCCUCUCAUGGCAGUGUAUCCUCCUUUUUUCUAAAAGCUGAUCUUGCAUUUCACCUUUUGCAUCCUCGUGGAACACUUGAAAAAACCAAGUGGCAUUUGUGCUCGUCCAGCCACUUUAUAGGCCCCACCUUUCGGUGAUCCAUAUUCCAUGCCAGUAUCGCCUCCCUCUGUUAUGGAUGAUCCAUAUCCCAAAACCCCCCAUUAAAUGCUCUUUUUCUUUCCGAUGGGUUGCCUGCAAAUUGAUGUUAAGCUAGUGAUCUGCUAAUUAUCCACAUUCAAUAAUAAGAACAAUAUUCUGGAAAGCUUUUGGGGGCAUGACCAUUCAUGAUGGGUCCCAACAAGUCUGGUCAUGUAAAAGGUGUGGCUGUCCUUUGGGUUUGAUGGCCUAAUAGGAAACACUUUCUUCCAUUCUCAAUAACAAUAUCAUCUUUCCUUGUUGAAUCUUUUAAAUCAUGUUUCUCCUACAUUAAUAUAAAGUUAAUCCUCCAUUUAUAGAAACAGAUGCUGGUA